CGUCGGGAGCUCCGUUCCGGGGUCGCUCCCGGCGGGAAAACCGGGACUACGGGCCCCUAACUCCGCUUGGCCAGUUCGGGCUGCUUGUCGCGUCCCGGUAGUAGGGCCGUCCCGUGUUCUCGGCUACCCCUGACAACGCGGAUUGCGUUGACAACGGUGGAUCGGGAGACGCGUGGCGGCCGCCGGCCCGGAUCGAUCGCUCAUUCCGUCGGCCUCCGGGCGUCGAAUUAUGUCCUAAUCACAUUUUAUGGAUAGUGAGCCCGGCGGACUCCGGUCGGUGCCGAACCUGCAGCGUCUGUAGCGUCUGUAGCGUGCGGUGGGAUUCGGCUGAGCUAAUGAGCGACGUUGUCCAUGGCCGUGAGAAUGCCGGAGGAAAUCCACCCGACGGCGUGCGUUCUGCGCGCAUUUGGAAUGGCGAAUCGAGGAGCGGGUCCACGCUUCGAUGUGCAGAACGUAUCCGGGAAUCCGGGGAAAGCUCAAGGGACUACAAAAACAAAUAGUUGUUGUAAAUAAUAUCAGUAAUAUAGUAAUCGCUAUAUUUAUAAUAUAACCCAAAUUAUCUGUGAUCACUAUAAAUCUCAGUUUACUAAAUGGAACUAGUAAAUUUAACUAAACACAUAUUUGUCAGGGGUGUAACCGAAAAUUUCAGUAAUAACAAUCAUAUUGUAGUAAUCGUUUCAAUUUUUUUUUUCAGUGAUAUGAUUAUUGCUUUUUAUUACGACAUGUACUAAUUUCCGUCUCGCUUUUGGUAUUAAUUGUUAAUAUCCGAUUUAUGAUCUAAACAAGAUGGAUUAUAAUAUUAAAACUUGUAUCUACUUUUGGACGGAGUAUAGGUAAAUACAUUAUUAUAAUUUGAAUUAGGAUGGCGGCAAAACAAUUACUAAACGUAGGUUAAAAAUACCAUGGAUAUAAACGUCUUUCUGUUAUCAGUGAUAAUGUCCCGGGCUGUCAGUUACGUGACGCGUUUCUAGCAAGUUGUUGAAAAUUAAAAUUUUUGUUUAAUAAUUAUAAUAUUCUAAUCGGUACAUAUUUAAGGAAUGUAAUGAUUAUGAUAGAAUGUGUUUAUUACCUACCUAUAUUAAUUUUUCAUUUUUUUCUGUCAUAGAUCCUAAUGUUAAAAUGGUUCUAUUCUUAAUAGUUGCUGUUCAAAAAUAUCAGUUGACCCAUAUCCAUAUAUAUUUGUAGCGCCUUUCUUUUUGCCAAUGACUUUGAGACUCCUCUGCAAUAUUUUUCAUUUUGGAUACAGUGUUAUACAGUUACUAGAUAUUGUCAAGUGCCAAUUAAUAUAAAUACAUAUAUUUAAAAGUAAUAUAGUGGUGUCAAAAUAGAUAAUAUAAAUAAUUAUUAUUUUAGGCGAAUCGGUUUUGAAUAACAGACACC